AUGAUGCUUCUAUUGAUAAUUCUCCAACUCUUCGCAUUAUCACUAGCACAGUUCCACAUUGUGAUUCCUGUCGUGCGUCAACGACCAGUCGUUCAAGGAAGACCGUAUGUUCGAACAAACUGCUGUCCGCCAUGCUAUAAUUCGAAUAGAUGCCGAUGGAAUCAUCGAAGACCGAUUGGACCAUGGGUUCCCCGCCCAGUCUAUCCACCUCAGCCCAUCCCAACACCACAACCGCCACCAUCUACACUAUCGACUAGUCGGUCAACUUCCGUUAAUUCGCCUCAGUCAACGUAUCGGACUGAACCCACUCCAACCGAUACAACUACUGCGCUAACUUCGACUGUUACUUCGAUCGUACCAUCCACUAUCAGUGAUACAACAACAAGUACGCUUUUCACAACUCCUUUAACUUGGCAAACAGAGCGUUCCACCUCUGAACUUAACACCAUUAAAAGUUUAACAUCAUCCGAUUUUGUGACAGUCACCACAAGUGCACUCACUCAAUCGACCACCACCGCACCAGUAUCUUCAUCGAAUUUUUCGACAGCAACAAAAACGACCCCAUCGAAUAAUUAUUUGAAUCCAUGCGUUGCGGGAGAACCGUUACUCAACGCCUAUGGAGCGGCAAUUUCAUGUAAUUUUGCUGUGGAACCGAACGGUGGAUGUCCCGAUAACUAUUGGUGUCAUACUGGUGCAACUUUCUCAACUACAGUAUGCUGCCCGGUUGAGGAACAAGUUGAUCUUUGCUCAUUGCCCCUUGAGCACGGUACUGGCAAUGCAAUCAUCGCUCGAUGGUUCUUUGACAAAGCGACGAACGAAUGCAAACGAUUCGUCUAUUACGGACUAUCUGGUAAUGCCAAUAACUUCAUAUCAAAAGCACAAUGUCAAUCGCAGUGUGUCAGCGAAAUCGACCAAUGGAUUGGUGCUCAGAAUCCUUGUGGAAAAGGAACAGCUGCUCUCGGACCUAAUAACAGUAAACUGAUCUGCAGUGCAGGUGAUUCAUCGCAGUGUCCAGAUGGAUUCUAUUGCCACAUUGGUGAAACUCGUGCAGCAACCGCUUGCUGUAAAACAUCUGGAGGGGAGAGUCGGUGCUUGGUGCCAUUGAGCGUUGGUGAAGGAAGCGCAUUGAUAAAGAGAUUUUAUUACGAUCAAAAUGAGAAGCAGUGUAACGAAUUUGUUUAUAAAGGAACGAAGGGCAAUGAAAAUAAUUUCUUGACACGCAAUGAAUGCGAAAAAGAAUGCGAGAGUAAGCAUUCUUUAUCAAUGAUGUUGUCUCUGGAAUAUAAUCGUGAUCAGCUGCUUAAUUGA